CCUAUAAGCCACGUUGUCAUCACAGUGAUCAAACGUUCUAUACACUAAAGUUGAAAGUGUUCAUAAUAUUUUUCCAAGGCUMCAAAAUGGUUGAUACAAACAGUAUGACUYUGACGCGAUUCGUGUUGAGCGAACAACGUAAGAUUCCUGGUGCUACAGGAGACCUAACACAGCUGUUAAAUGCGAUCCAAACAGCAGUUAAAGCMACUUCCUCRGCUGUGAGAAAAGCAGGAAUUGCUCAAUUAUAUGGAAUUGCUGGUGAUACCAAUAUUUCUGGCGAUCAGCAGCAGAAACUAGACGUCAUGGCAAAUGAGCUGUUUAUCAACAUGUUACGGUCAUCRUAUACAACUUGUCUACUAGUAUCUGAGGAAAAUGAGACUGUCAUUGAGGUUGAAACUGAAAAACAAGGCAAAUAUGURGUUCUGUUUGAUCCUUUGGAUGGYUCAUCAAAUAUYGACUGUUUAGCAUCAAUUGGUAGCAUUUUUGGAAUCACAAGAAAGCUUGAGGGRCCUGGUAAUCCAUCSCAAAAGGAUGGCCUUCAACCAGGAAAUGCRAUGGUWGCUGCUGGAUAUGCCUUAUAUGGCAGUGCUACRGUUAUAGUGUUAUCAACUGGAAAUGGUGUCAAUUGUUUCACUCUUGAUCCUUCAAUAGGAGAAUUUGUGUUGACAAACCCCAAUAUCAGAAUGAARCCAAGAGGAAAGUUAAUUUACAGUGUUAAUGAAGGCAAUGCUGCUUACUUUGAUGAACCAAUGAAGAAGUUCUUGCAAAUCAUCAAGAACCCAACUGAUACAAGAGGCCCAUAUGCAGCUCGUUAUGUGGGUUCUAUGGUGUCAGAUUUGCAUAGAACACUGGUAUAUGGUGGAAUCUUUAUGUACCCUGGGACUACAAAGGCACCCAAAGGAAAGCUUCGUCUGCUCUACGAGUGCAACCCAAUGGCAUUUAUCAUUAUACACGCUGGUGGUCUGGCAACAGAUGGAACACAGAACAUACUAGAUGUAGUACCUACCUCKCUGCACCAGAGAUCACCUAUUUUUAUUGGAUCAGCAGAAGAUGUUAAAGACUACCUCAAAUGUGUUGAAGAAUGCAAAAAAUAGGCACUGAACUUUACUGAAAUUU